GGCCUGAGGGCGUCCUCUGCGCGGGCGAGCUAGGCCGUGGGACGCCGGCGGAGGCCGCAGCGCGUCGGAGCGCCGAGCCCGCCGCGCGCGCAGCCAUGCCGGACAGCUGGGAUAAGGACGUGUACCCCGAGCCCCCGCGCCGCACGCCGGCGCCCUCGCCGCAGACCGCGCUGCCCAACCCCAUCACCUACUUGACCAAGGCCUUCGACCUCCUCGUGGACCGGCCCGUGACCCUGGUGAGAGAGUUCAUAGAACAGCAGCACGCCAAGAACAGGUAUUACUACUACCACCGGCAGUUCCGCCGCGUGCCGGACAUCACUGAGUGUGAGGAGAAGGACGUCCUGUGCAUAUUCGAAGCCGAGAUGCAGUGGAGACGGGACUACAAAGUCGACCAAGAAAUCGUUAACAUCAUCCAGGAGAGGAUGAAGGCCUGCCAGCAGCGGGAAGGUGAAAGCUACCGGCAGAACUGUGCCAAGGAGCUGGAGCAGUUCACCCAGGUGGCCAAGGCCUACCAGGACCGCUAUCACGACCUGGGCGCCCACUACUCUGCCAGGAAGUGCCUGGCGAAACAGAAACAAAGGAUGCUGGCAGAGAGAAAGGCUGCCAAGGAGGCUGCUGCUGCCUGAGGCGUUGCAGGGCGCUCCUUGGGCUGAAACUGCGGGUCCCAGUGCGGUCUGCCCUCCCUGAUGAAUAAAAUAAACAGCCACACGCA